UUCCCCUUCCCCAACCCAAAAAAAAAAAAAUAGUUGGGUUUUGUAUAACCCCAAAAUAAGCACAAAUUCCUCAAGAGGAAGGGAUUAGAGGCAGGUAUUGUCGUCGCCGAUGAGGUUGCUGCCGCCGCUGUUGUUGUAGAAGUUGUGUUCUCCGCCGCGCAACACUCUCAGCUUCACCACCACCGUCCACCCGGAGCAACCCCUUUUUGUACUUUAUUCAAACAGCAGUGAAGCCCUUGGGUCGCCGAGUCGCCGCUAUUACUUUACAACAAUCACAUUCCUAGAAACAAAAUUCUUAGACAAAAUCAUAUUCAUCCUUGGUUACAAACUCAAGUAUAUGAUUGAAAAGAGGGACUUAUAGCACAGGAGGAAAGGAGCUUCUGUGCAGAUAUUUGGUACCAGGAACAAAUCGUAAACCCUGGCUUUUGUAUAGGGUUCAUUAUUCUCUAUUCCUUAUUGCUUUUCUCUCUUUAUUAGUUCCUCAUGAAGCCUGUGCAAAGCAGCAACACUGCAAAAAGCAAAUUAAAACUAUCCCAAAGGGCUAAAAGCAAACGGAAGAGAGAUCUAAAAGAAAAAGAUGUUGUAUUAGCGGAGACCCCAUCUCAGUUCUCAUUUGCUAUAGCCAGAACUGCAGUUGCUCAGAUCUGUCAGUCAGUUGGAUAUAAAAAAUCUACACAGGGUACUCUUGAAAACUUCACCAAUGUUGCUAUUAAGUAUCUCGAAGCAACAGCAAGAACAGCUGCCUCUUUCGCCAACACUUCCAAUCGGACUGAAGCUAAUCUAUUUGACCUCAUCAAUGGCAUUCAUGAUCUGUACUCUGUUCAAGGGUUUCCCAGUGGCUCAGAGAUGCACAAGAAUGACUUACUAAGGUCUGGAGCUUUGAAAGAGAUUAUGAACUUUGUAAAGUACUCUAAUGAAGUACCUUUUUCCAAACCAAUUCUACCCAAAAAUGUCUCAGGAAUUCCAAAGUUAGAAUCAAUCACUGAUUCUAGCUCCUCAUGUUCUAAUAAAACAAAAGGUCAAGAUUUUCAUAUUCCAAGAUGGCUCCCAGAUUUUCCCGAGGAAAGGUUGUACAAGAAUUGUCAUAAGGUUUUGGUUAAGGAGAGGAAAUUCGGUGAGAAACUCUGGGAACAUUCGCUUGGAGCAGAACAUUUCAGUGGUAAUUUGGAAGAAAAUAAAAGCGAAUCACAAAUCAAUGGGAUUAAUGGGAAAGAAGAGAAAGAUACCAGGAUUGGUUUGGCACAGGGAAGAGGAAAAGUGAAGUUUAGGAUGGGUGGAGUGGGUGGGGAGGAAGAGAAGUGUGUUGAUUUAGGUGUGAAUAUGAUGAAUCGUGUCUGCAAAGGAAGGAAACGAGUUUCUUGGAAUCUUGAUAAAUUAAAUAACUGUAUGGCUGUGGAAAAUGAAGAUGACAUGAGUGCAUGCAAGAGAACGAAGAUUGCAUAGCUUUUAUGUGAUGCUGAAGGGUGUGGCUGGGCAAUGAGUGAAAAAAUUUUGAUAGUAAUUAGAAUGUAAUGUAGAUAGCAUUUACAUAUAAUAGAUUUUGAUAUAUGGA